UCACUUGUUCUCCCUUAAACCCAGACUCAGCCUCGGUACCUGCCCAAUUACUGUAGCAGUCGGGUCUUUUGCCGUUCACCCAACUAUUUUCGUUUACUCAGGCCCGGUGGCUUCAGCCAUAUUUUACACAGGACUGUGUCGGCGCCACUCCUUCUCUUGCUUCUUCACCCAAAACCCUAACUCUUUUCCUUGGCCUCAGUAGCCAUAGGUCCCCGUCGACAUAUUCUCCUCCUUCCAUCCGUCCUCUUAUUUCAUAUCAAUGUUCUUGUUCUCCAUCCCCACUGAAUCCCAACCACUCCCGCUGAAUUCUCUUUCUCCUUAAACCCUCCUUUAGAGUAGCUCAUUAUCUAUCUGAGUAUUCUUCAUUUCCCAGGUAAGCGAAAGCAAGCCGCGUCUUCAUCUUCUAUCCUUCUGCGGCACUAGCAGUUCUCAAGGAGAAAUUGCAGUGAUAAUUUCGGAGUUUUCUUAUCAAAGUUCAAACGCUCACGGCCACUUAGUUGCCGCUACUCCGCUGCCGAUUUCGCAUCCGGCUCGAGACCAGGCCGUGAUUAAAGGGGAACGCGCUGACUUUAGCUCAUGGAGAGAUCUAGAUCGAGGAGGAACUACUACUACGAUCAGGACUAUGACGGGGAUAACAUGAGUAGGACCAAACCUCGUUACAACCACCACUGUCCGCCUAGUGCACACCGGCAUCGUGGCAACAGUAACAGCGGUAGCGGCAACAACCGCCCUUCGAAGCCACAACAGGAUUCGUCCCUGAUGGUGACCACUAGUUACCGCAUUCUCUGUCACGACAUGAAAGCUGGUGGGGUGAUUGGCAAGGGUGGCACGAGGUUGGUGGUGUCAAGGAUGCAUGUUGGAUGUUUUGGGAAAGGAGGAAAAAUUAUCGAGCAAAUGAGAAUUGGGACCAAGACCCAGAUAAGGAUUUUGCCUAGGGACCAUAAUUUGCCUCGCUGUGUAUCAAUGUCAGAAGAGAUUGUUCAGAUUGUCGGUGACGUGAAUGCUGUGAAAAAUGCUAUAGCAAUUAUUUCAUCACGGUUGAAGGAGAGUCAGCAUCGUGAUCGCAGUCAUUUCCAUGGGCAAGUACAUUCACCAGAGCGGUUUUUCCCUCCAGACGAUGAUUAUAUUCCUCAUGUAAACAAUUCAUCACGUAGAACAUCUGUUGAAGGAGCAACCUUUGGGUCACGGUUUUCUGGAAACAAUUAUAGAAGCAAUAGCUAUGCUUCACGUCAUUCAGGUCAUAUAAUUGAAGCUGGGACCGGUCCCAUUGUUGAUAAUGUUCAGCCCCCUUAUGGUGAGGACCUUGUGUUUCGUAUACUUUGCCCAAAUGACAAGGUUGAUAGUGUUGUUGGCGAGUCACAAGGUAUGUUAGAUCUGCUUCAAAAUGAAAUUGGUGUUGAUGUCAAGGUUGCUGAUCCAGUGGCUGGGUUAGAUGAAAAGAUAAUCGUAAUUUCUUCUGAAGAGGCUCCUGACGAUGAACUGUUUCCAGCUCAAGAAGCUCUCCUACAUAUCCAAACUCGAAUUGUUGAUCUCUUUCAAGAUAAAGAUAACAUCGUAACCACUAGAUUGCUUGUCCCUUCCAGUGAGAUUGCGUGUCUGGAGGGAAGAGAUGGAUCAUUAUCUGAAAUGAGAAGAUUAACCGGCGCAAACAUACAGAUCUUGCCAAGGGAAGAACUUCCUGCAUGUGUAUCUGGGAUUGAUGAGAUUGUACAGAUUGUGGGUGAGAUAAAAGCAGCUAGAGAUGCACUUGUUGAGCUGACGUCAAGGUUACGGAGUUACUUCUAUAAGGAGUUCUUCCAGAAGGAUAGUAUGCCAUCUGCACCUGGCCCUUCGGGUGGUUCUCUAGGAGUGGAAAUAGCAUCAUCAAAUAGUAUAAAUUCAGCUCGUGAAGGUCACCCCGGUGUUGAUCCUCUUACCAUGACAGUACAUCCAAUAAAGGAAAUUGGAGAACCUGAAACAGUUAAGCAUGGUGAAAGUGAGCGCCGUGAAGAUACGCCAAGUACAGUGAAUAGAAUUCCUGUGCCCCUUGUAACUAGGAGUACACUUGAAGUUGUCAUACCAGAGCAUGCUGUUCCGAAGCUCAUUACCAAAUCGAAAAACAAACUUGCACAGAUUAGUGAGUUGUCUGGGGCCAAUGUGACUCUAGUGGAAGACAAAAAUGAGGUAACACAAAAGACAAUUCAAAUAUCAGGCACUCCUGAGCAGGCUGAGAGAGCCCAAAGUUUGCUUCAAGGCUUUAUUUUGAGCACACAAGAAGAUGGACCUUAAGCCAGUUUGAGAAAUGCAUGGACUAUAUCAACAUCGGGCUGGAUAUGGAGGAACAACCAUUUUUCUUUUUCUCUUGACGCAGCAAUAAGCGGUUUACUGAAUAUACUAUGGCAGCUUCUGUAUGGGUUCAGUCAGAGGAUGGUUGGUUUGUCUUCCCUUGGCUGCAGUUUUAAAUCACAAAUGUUCACAGGAAAGAGUUCUGCUGUAAAUAAAACAUUGGGAGCUCUGUUCUUAGUUUCUAUUUGAAUUGUCUAGUAGUCUUGUAUGAACAUGAAAUGCAGUUCAAUG